UCUCCUUCUGCCUAUCUCCACCAAUAUCCGCGCGUGACGCAAGGGGAGUAUACUUAAAUCAGGAUUAGCUCUCCACCAACAUUAAACUCAGCUGCCCUCCAUUCAAGCACCGCGCGACAUACCGUCCCGCGCGCACGGUCGAAAAUAGGAGGGCUUUCUACUAAUCAGCACUCAGGCUCGCGCAAGCAAAAGUGCUUGGGUUGUAGAGUGAGCUUUUAGCAGAGGCGCAGAAGGUAGAAGGCAUGAGCGAACGCAGAAGCGGUGGGUUACCAAUGCAUUCUCCAGAUACUGGAUCAUCCGGAGUAAAACACGGGAAACAAUAGAUUCCACAGGAAUUUUGCACAGUGCACGGUGUGCUAUCGUCUCCGAAUGAAUGACCAUGGGGGAGUGGACAAUAUUAGAGCGUCUCUUGGAGGCGGCUGUCCAACAGCAUUCUACUAUGAUCGGAAGGAUCCUCCUAACUGUGGUGGUGAUCUUCCGGAUUCUAAUCGUUGCGAUCGUUGGAGAGACGGUCUAUGAUGACGAGCAGUCCAUGUUUGUGUGCAACACCCUGCAGCCCGGCUGUAACCAGGCCUGCUACGACAAGGCGUUCCCCAUUUCCCACAUCAGAUAUUGGGUGUUUCAGAUUAUUCUGGUGUGCACCCCCAGUCUCUGUUUCAUCACCUACUCCGUGCACCAGUCCGCCAAGCAGAAGGAGCGUUUGGAGCGGGGGUACUCCACCGUGUUCCUCUCCUUGGACAAGCGCCAUGAUUCCAUCAAAAGAGACGACAGCAAAAAGAUCAAAAACACCAUUGUAAAUGGAGUGCUUCAGAACACGGAGAACUCCACCAAAGAAGCCGAGCCCGACUGCUUGGAGGUGAAGGACAUCCCAAAUUCGGCCAUGAGAACUAGUGGAAAGUCUAAAAUGAGGAGGCAGGAGGGAAUCUCAAGAUUCUACAUCAUCCAAGUGGUUUUCCGAAACGCUCUAGAGAUAGGGUUCCUGGUGGGUCAAUAUUUCCUGUACGGAUUCAAUGUCCCCGCGGUAUAUGAAUGUGAUCGAUACCCCUGCAUCAAAGAUGUAGAAUGCUACGUUUCCAGGCCCACGGAAAAGACAGUGUUUCUGGUCUUCAUGUUUGCGGUCAGUGGCGUCUGUGUGCUCCUGAACUUGGCUGAACUCAAUCAUCUUGGGUGGAAGAAGAUCAAAGUAGCUGUCAAAGGCGUGCAGGCGAGGAGGAAGUCCAUCUACGAGAUCCGUAACAAAGACUUGCCUAGAAUGAGCAUGCCAAAUUUCGGCCGCACUCAAUCAAGUGACUCUGCCUAUGUGUAGCUGUCGAUUUCAAUACAACUGAAUGGAACAAUUGUAGCCUACAAAGAAUUCACAUAUAUUUAAUAAUAAUGUGUUAGAUAUUUUAUCUCACCGACUUCAUUUGCGAAGUAGGUCGGGUAUAUCGAUUUUAUUUGUAUUUUAUGAAUAAGUAAAAAACAAACGGACCAAAAUGUUUGUUUGUCAUAUAUAUAUACACACAUACGAGAAGGCACUGAUGCAACUUUUUAGUAUGGUUUAUCCUAUAUUUUGUAAAGUGCUUCUUAAAAGCAUUAAUUUGUGUUCACAUAUUCACUCUGUCGUUCACUUUAGCAGUUGAACACGGAGCAAAUAUCAAAUCAUCAAAUCAAAUUUAUUUAUAUAGCCCUUCGUACAUCAGCUGAUAUCUCAAAGUGCUGUACAGAAA